AUGAUAGCCAGCCUUGUUGCCCUUGUACGUUCGGUACAACGAAUUGCUGAAGGCCCGGUGGACACAAGUGCUCGAAUUGGCAGUACAGUGUCGUUAAAAUGCCGUGUUGCAGAUCAGGAUGGAACAGUUAUGUGGACGAAAAACGGUUUUGGUAUUGGCGAAGAUCGAAAUCUAAGUUUCUUCGCGAACUACUGGUUAGAGGGCAGCCAGGCUAAAGGGGAAUAUCAUCUAAGAAUAGCAAAUUUGACUAUGAGUGACGAAGCCGUCUUCAGAUGUAGUGUUUCAGCAACCAAUAGAAGUCAACUAGCACUUUCUAGAGAAGCCAGGCUAACAGUUUUGGUGGAACCUGAACCACCAAAAUUUCGCGAAGAAGUGUCUGCGAUAGUAAAAGUUAUUGCUGGAAGACCAUUUGAUAUUUCAUGUGAAAGCUUAAAUGGUAAACCAGAAGCACAGAUUAACUGGGCUUUAUUUACGCAACGAGGUUCGGUUAAAGAAUGGAUCUGGCUUGGCAACGAAACAUUUUCAAAGAAAGCUGAAGAGUUUGAAAAUUCAAAACAAAGUAUUCGGGAGGAAGCAAAAGUGAUAAAACGAUCGUCCAGAACUCGUGAUGGGAAAUACAAUGUUGUCAGCAAUCUGACGUUUAUUUCGAUACCGGAGGAUGACGGAACCUAUUUAAUGUGUUUAGCAGACCAUGAAACUUACGAUAAAAUUCUUCCUGUUAGUGUUAAACUUGAUGUCAAUUAUCCGCCAAUGGUGAAGCUUUCGUUGGCGAACAACACAAAGUUAAUCGAAGGUCAGAGUGCAACUUUGAUUUGUGAAGCAAAAGCGAAACCAGCAAAAUUCCUAAAAUACUUCUGGUAUAGGAAUGGAACAAGAAUUGCUGUCGCUAAUCCAAAUGUAAUUGUUUACCUAUUCAAGAAUUUAUUCUUAAUUAUGUUCAGCCAAAAGGCUUAGUA